AUGGCGCAAGCGUAUCAUGGUCGGUCGGCACAUGCGGGCAUUUCACCUAGCACGCACGUUAUCCCCGCCGCCACAAGCGAACAGCAGCAUCAUGAGCACCAACAUGAGCAGGAGCACGAGCACGAGCCCGAGCACCCGAGCACCCACCCAUUCCACAACCCCUCAGAAAUCCUCGUCCCCGCCGUACUCGCCUCCCACUCCCAUGCCGAAGCCAACCGCGCGCACUACGAUGCCAACGCGGCGAACUACGACAAGAUGGAGAUGGCGAACGAGGUUGCGACUCAGGCUGCGAGGGGGAUACUGGGUGCUUGGGAUUGGACGGACGAGGGGACGGUGUGUAUGGAUUAUGCUUGUGGGACUGGACUGGUCUCCCGCCAGCUGGCAGCGCACUGUAAGGGCAUUAUAGGGGUCGAUAUCUCCCAAGGCAUGGUAGACUACUACAACACACGCGUGUCAAACCAAGGGAUCCCCAGCUCAGAGAUGCGCGCUAUCCGCGCAACCCUGCCCGACGACCCCGGCGAGCUCCAGGGCAUGCAAUCGUCGUUCGAUGUCGUCGUGUGCGCCCAGGCGUAUCAUCAUAUUACCGAUAUCGGACUUGUUACCCAGUCUCUCGCUACUUUCCUCAGGCCUGGGGGAGCGCUGCUGGUUGUGGAUUUGGUGAAGAGCGAACAUGGGAUGUUCAUGCAUUCCCGCGGGGACGCGCCUGAGCAUGUCAAGUAUACUGUGGCGCACAAAGGAGGGCUGGAGGAGGGAGAGGUGAGGCGGUGUUUUGUGGAUGCGGGGCUGGAGGAGGUGAGCUUUGAGGUGGUGUACGAGAAGGAAGUGGAGGGGAGGAAGUUGCAGAUGUUUUUGUGUAAGGGUGUCAAGCCCCGUAAGGAGGCGUGA